AUGGCCGCAUUAAAAACGAUGCAACAAUCCCAAACACCAACCACAGAGGAUACAGCAGUUGAUGCACAGCCCGCAGCCACCGCUGUCGCCAGCAACUACUACCAGCGCGCUCACGGAGGUAUGGAAUUGAGUGGUGGGGAAGAAGGCGUUAAAUUGUACUACGCUGCUGCGGAAAACGACAAUUUGGGAUGGGAAUUGGGCGACACUGUGGUUGAUCCGAUGUACACUAUGAACAGGCGCAGGAAGGAGGAGGAUGUGACUAGCAAGGACUCGUUUUUCAAAAGACUCAGGGUCAAGUUGGAUAAGAACAGUACGAAGGAAGUUGUUUCUGCUACUGCUGAGCAUAAUAAUAAGGCGGAAAAGGAGAAGGAGGACUCUAAUGCUGAUGCCGCUAAUGCCAAUGCGGCUCCAGUCAUAAUUGGUGGAAUGCCGUUUGGAUUUGGAAUGAUGAACUUGUCAUUAUUUCCGAGCAUGGGCGCUGCAUUGGUGGACGACUCCAGUGAGAGAAAGAAGAGUGAGAAGACCAGCAAGUCUAAAAAGAACAAGGACAAGGAAAAGUCUGAUGAAAAGAAAAAGCGCAAACACAAGGACAAGAUUAGCGCUCAAAAAAUUACAAUACCCGAGCAAUUGAUGCGUGGAAGAAUAAAUUACAAAAUAUAA